CCUCGCUGUGAAAAUGGCGCUGUCCAGGGUGUGCUGGGCACGGACUGCGCUGUGGGGUUCGGUCGUCACCCCUGGACCUUUGGUCACUCGGAGACUGCAACUUGGUCGCUCUGGCCUCACUUGGGGAGCCCCUCGGUCUUCAAAGCUCCACCUUUCUCCAAAGGCAGAUGUGAAGAGUUUGAUCUCUUAUGUGGUGACCAAGACAAAAGCGAUAAAUGGGAAAUACCAUCGUUUUUUGAGUCGUCAUUUCCCCCGCUUCUAUGUCCUGUACACAAUCUUCAUGAAAGGAUUACAGAUGUUAUGGGCUGAUGCCAAAAAGGCUAGAAGAAUAAAGACAAAUAUGUGGAAGCACAAUAUAAAGUUUCAUCAACUUUCAUACCGGGAGAUGGAGCAUUUGAGACAGUUCCGUCGAGACAUCACCAAGUGUCUUUUCCUAGGUAUCAUUUCCAUUCCACCCUUUGCCAACUACCUGGUCUUCUUGCUGAUGUACCUGUUUCCAAGGCAACUACUGAUUAAACAUUUCUGGACCCCAAAACAACAAAUUGAUUUCUUAGAUAUCUAUCAUGGUCUUCGAAAGCAGUCCCACUCAGAAAUCCUUAGUAAUUUAGAGAUGGUCAUUCCUCUCAUUUCUGAUGCAGGACUUCGGUGGCAUCUGACAGACCUGUGUAACAAGAUACACAAGGGUACCCACCCAGCUGCACAUGAUAUCUUGGCUCUCAGAGAGUGUUUCUGUAACCAUCCUCUGGGCAUGAACCACCUCCAGACUUUGCAGAUGAAAGCCUUGAGCCGGGCCAUGCUUCUCACACCUCAUCUGCCUCCUCCGUUUUUGAGGCAUCGUUUGAAGACUCAUACCACUGUGAUUCACCAGCUGGACAGGGCUUUGGCAAAGCUGGGGAUUGGCCAGCUGACUGCUCAGGAAGUGAAAUCGGCUUGUUAUCUUCGUGGCCUGAAUUCUACCCACAUUGCUGAAGACAGGUGUCGAACUUGGCUGGGAGAAUGGCUACAAAUUUCCUGCAGCUUGAAAGCUGCUUCUUAUCACCUCUGAGGUAUGAAACACAGAGAUAAAAUAGGUAUCUCCACAGCCUAAGAAUCUUGUCAUGCUUAUUUCCUUUGCUGAUGGAGGAAGAUUGUGGACCUGGAGUAUGUUCACAGCUGGUGGGGGUCACCAUCCCUGGCUGGGUAGCCACCCAUUUCCCUGGUACCUGCACCAUACCCCUGACCCUUAAGCCAACUCUGACUGACCUGGCAUUUAAUCCCAGCCUGGCUACAGGCACAUGCUUCUGGGUCACAAUACAGUCGACAGUCACAACCACAUUCUUCCCGAGACAGGCGGAUGGCUCGAAGUUCUUGCUUCUCUUCAGCAUCAAUGCGGUGAACCCCAGAAGCCCUAAGCAGGGCCCGUCGCCGUUUGGUGGGAAGAGGCUGCAGGAAGAAGUAAUCAUCCACUUCCACAUUUUCCACAUCAAUAUCUUCAUCUGAAACAUCAUCCAGUGUCAGGCCAUCAGCCUCUACUGACUCCACGGUCCCAUUCUUGGUCAGCUGCCAAGAGACAGACAGGAAAGGUCAGCCUCAAGCAUCAGCAACACAAACCUCCUCAUGUUCCACUGAAUUUCUGCAUUGAUGGGAAGAUAUGUGUUAUUCACACAGCAGCCACUCUACAGGUGGCCUCUAAGCACUAGAAAUGUGGCAAAUAAGAAGUCAAGUUUUUAAUUUCAUUUAAUUUUAAAUUUAAAUAGCCACAUGUGACUAGUGGGUACCAUAUUGAAAAACAAAGGCCAAGAGAAUGAAACCACAGCAGAAUGGAAGGAUAUCUUACAUGGCUCUAACAUCGCCCUGUCAACAAAGGGACAUCUCCUUUCUGGGUUCAGGUUUCUCAGAAAACUGCUCUCUCACCCUCCCUCCUAGAAGAAAACCUAUUCCCAGAAAUGUUCCCUUCAUUUCUGUAAGUUCAGCUCACUUGUCUUUUUUUUUUUUUUUGGCAUAGGAAAUUAAACCCACAGGUGUUUUACCACUGAGCUACAUCCCCAGUCCUUUUUAUUUUUAUUUUGAGACAGGGUUUUGCUAAGUUGCUGAGGCUGGCCUUGAAUUUCUAAUCCUCCUGCCUCAGCCUCCUGAGUCUCUGGGAUUAGUAGUGUAUGCCACCACUGCAGCUCAGUUCAUUUGCCUUUUCACACAGGAGGGAAAAGGUCUAUCAAUAGUUGUAUGUUCCUGGGAUAUAUAGGUAAAUUGCAAAACACCUUUCAACUUGUACCUCAUAGCCCAAGAUCACCUUCUGAGAAAAAGGGUUCAUUAAAAUAUUAAAGUGUAAUAGCAAGCUAACAGGUCUUGUCAAUGAAACUGAAUCCUGAACAAAUACCUGUGCAUGCUCAGAAAAGCUUCAUUUUAUUGGUAGAAAAUGAGCAUAUUAUCAACAGCUAUCAAAGAAAGCUUUCCCAGCCCAGGGUGUAAAAGAGAUAUAUUCUUUCUCCUUUCUAAUCCUUUUCUAUUUGACUUCAAAGAAGAAUUCCAUGUCAGGCAGGGUGGUAUAAAUAAUACCAAGUGUGCUAUCUAGGGGCAGAAAUCUGGGUUUUCUGGGCUGAGAGGAUAGAAGCCAGGAAAUGGAAUCUCUGUGGAAGGACAGAUUAAAGACAAUCUGUAGCUGAAUGAGUUCUGCAAACUCACUAGAGAAUCCAAGUAAAGAAAAUGAGGCCCCACGGUCCCUGGGGCUCUGGAAGCUGCUGGCAGAAUGAAAGUCGAGUGACUGAAGUCUUUGGUUUAUUUCAUCAGACAACCAGAGAGAGUGCUGGGAAAGGAUCCGCUCCUGGGAGAGAUGUGAUGCAACAAACCCAAGUAGUAAGCUACAUACUUGGUUUGCUUGCUUGUUUGGGGGAAAGGGGAAGUUGUUAAGAAAUGAGGGAAGUAAAGUGCAGGGUCUGGGAGUUCCCCAGCCUUAUUUCUGUACUGGACAGGCAACUACAAGUUUCUCUUCUGUAGAUGGUAGGAUUGCUCCUUUUUGGGUCGCCAAUGUGGGCUUCCCUUCUACUGUCCUCUAAAAGGAAAGAGAUUAGAGAUGCAGAGAAAGAAACCCAUGUAGAAUGUAGAGAAGAGAGUUUAUUCUGAUAGAAGUGGCAUUUCAAAGCAGUGAAGAGUCUUCUAGUUAUUAAGUGAUAUUGGGACAAGUGGAUAUUUUUUGGGAAAGAAAAGCUGUACUCCCAUUUAUACCAUUUGUGAUAAUGAAUUUCAUAUGGACAAAACAAAAUACAAAUGAUAAAUUAAAAAUAUUAGAAAAAUUACAGGUAACUAAAGCUGCAGAACUCGAAAGACAGGAAAUAUAGCUGAAAAAGAAAACAAACAUUUAAUGGCAUAUAAGAGAUAGGGAAUAUAUUUUUGAGACCAACUGCAUCCCUUAUAGAAUACUAAAGACAGGAAAAUUUUCUAAGAAAAAGGUAAACUAGACCCGAGAAAGGUAAGGCAAGGAUUUUCUCUUGACAUAUAAAGACAGAUGCCACCUCUGCUGGAAACCACUAAAUGGAUUCCUCCUAACAAGGAGGAAUCCAGUAUCUCAGUCUUGGAUUUACCUGGCUUUGUCCUUGGAAGUCCUAUUGGGGGAUGGGGCACAGAACUGGAUGGUGUCCUGUUUGAUAGAUCAUUCUGCUACCAGAUUUAGGAGAAAGGAGUGUUCUUCUAGGGCAAAGGAAGAGCGUCUUUACUGCAGUUAAUGAGAAGAAUGUUUACUUGCCCAGCUGUUGCUAUAGCAGCAGGAAGGCGAUAGGGCCAGUGAUGGAAUUCCUCAGACAGAAGAAAGGGACGCCUGGGUGUCAUUCUAGUUAGAAAAACAGGUGUAAGGCUUUAGGAGUGGGCUGAGGGAGAUGGGACAUAAAGCUCUCAAAGAGAGAGAGGAAAAAGAUCUGGUCAGCCUACAUCCUCUGCCACCAGUGUCCAAUUUGACCACGUUCUAUUGAGUCUCACCCACAAUCUUGGAAAAUGCAGCCACCUAUUUUAAUAUGGGUCAGCAUGCUUUAGGCCCAAAAGAAACCUAGAGGAAUUUUUUUUCUUUCGUGGUGCUGGGGAUUGAAUCCAGGGCCCUGUGCAUGCUAGGUAAGUGCUCUACCACUAAGCUACAGUUCCAGCCCUAGAAAUUUUUGAGGACCUGUGGAAACUAUGGGCAUGGAGUAGUACCAAACAGUGCUAAGAUAGCAAAUGGGUGGCUAUAAAGAGCCAUCUGAGAUGGGUCUUCUCCCAGCCUUUUUCUCUUCCUAACCCAAAGAGCUGGUGCUGUAUCGGAUGACAGGCACACUAUUAUACAAUUCGAAGUACCUAUGUGAUAAUGCUGCUGUUUGCAGCUAGAAGACUCUCGCCUAGGGGUAAUGAAGUCAGAGAGAGCGCGAGCGAGCAGGGAAUGUGAAAGAUCCCAAAUCUGCUCCACACAUCUGGGUAAGAAGCAAUCAUUUGAUAAGAAAUUGAAAAUUGUGCUCUCUUGAAUUCCAGAGGUGACAGACCUGAAAACAUUAAAAUUCAUUAAAAGCAUUAAAAGUUAAAAUUCAGCACAUUUUAAACUUAAAAAAAAAAAAAAAUCUGUUAGAUAGUCAGGGGCAGGGAGGUGAGGAAAGGGAAUUCCAAAGAAGAAAUUUUGCUAUCUCUGAUAGAUACUUCAAGACAAAAAGAAGGUAAGCUUAAAAAGAUUUGAUUGUAAAGUUGAGACUCCUUUUUAGAAAACUCUGGAAUCUCUACAUACCAAGGACAACAAUCAAAUUUAAAAAUCAAUGGACAUUUUCAUGUUCCUAUUCAGGCCCCAAAAGACAGAAACUCAACAAUAAUCCCCAAAUCAAUGGACCUAGAUAGGUUUCUACAUAUGUCUUAGCAUAUGGGAAGUACCAGACUCCCAGACCCCUUAGGCACCUUCAUUUUCUUGGCAUGGAGCUUCUCUUCCUUCAGGUGCUCACGAAGAAUCUCUCGAUGGUUCACCUCCUGCUCCUGUGCAAACUCACAGAGCGUAUAGCUGCGCACAGAGUUAUGGCGCUGGGCCAUGCCCAGAGAGCUACCACCCUGGCUGGGCACACUGGUGAAACCCUGGCGCCGGGCAAAGUAGUAUACAGUCACCUGGUCAAAGCGUACAUUCUUCCUCCGUAGCUGCUUCUGCCGCUUCAGGAUGGAUGUGGCUGAGAAGAGAGCACAGAAAGAAGUUAUUAACACAGAGAUGGCUUCUUUGGGGACCUUGCUUUUUUUUUUUUUUUACUCAUCUAGGCUCUU